CCUGCCUCACCAAGGCAAGGUUAGAUACACUCGGCUGGAGACACUCGAAGAAAAACACCUUGGGAACAAAUUCAGCAUCUUGGCAACCAGGAAUUGCUUUCCUCUCUGUUUCUAGUAGGUCUAGUGAUGAAGCAAGUGUUAUCAUUGCCUGAAGUGACAUAGCUUUUUUUAUUUGGACGUUUCGCAACAUUUUUUUUCCAAAAGGGAAUGUUUGCAUAGCUACAUUGCCGAUGACCCUCCUCAAGCCUUAUUCUCCGUGUUUAAUGGAAACGCACAAUUAUAAGAAAUGGUUGCAUUUUGUGAAUACUAGUGAUUGCUUUCUACGGCACAUCACAGCUACAGUGCGCGAGGAAGGACGCCUCAGCUUGCCGGACCCCGGGUCGCGUGUGUGUAUAGGCUACGGUUACCGUAUACCAACAAUUGGACUGCUGGAGUGAAGGUGACUCGCGCCCCCUUUGCAGUCGAGGCAAUGCGGAGAGAAGUCGCAAGCGAUCAUCCGGUACUUCUGCGCUCUGACGGCUGCCUGCAAAAAUAUAUUAUUCUUCUUAGACGGUAGAGAGAGAGAGAGAGAGAGAGAGAGAGAGAGAGAGAGAGAGAGAGAGAGAGAGAGAGAGAGAGAGCAGUAAUACAGCACAGAUAAACUAUCUAUCCUAUCCGUUUUAGGAUAUAUCCUACUGGAGAGGUUUCGACACCACAAACGACAGAUAGAACAGGAUAUCGGCGAAUAGGUGGUGGUGGAGUUCAGGGGGACGUAGAUAAACAACGUUCUGUAUUAGAGCUGUUUUAUUAGUGGAUGUGUAUGCAUGAGUUCUGCACCGAAUGGGCGCAAGAACCGCCCCAGAUCCGCCGGGAACAUCUUCCAGAUCGGCAAGGCUCCCUACCGAGACCCGGAGAGGAGGGAGAGCACGGAGAGCACCCGCAAAGCCCAGCGCGCCGUGGCGGACUGCAGAAUGAUUGUGCAGGAGUUUAACACGCUUGUGGCACUGUAUCGUGAGCUGGUCAUCUCCAUUGGCGAGAUCUCUGUCGAUUGCCCGUCGUUACGGGCCGAGAUGCACAAGACCCGAACUAAAGGCUGCGAGAUGGCGAGAGCCGCAAACCAGAGCCUGUCAGUCAUUUCAGGGCCUGAGGACGGAGAAAUUCACCCAGAGAUCUGCAGGCUCUUUAUCCAGCUGCAGUGCUGUCUGGAGAUGUACAUCACAGAGAUGCUCAAGUCUGUCUGUCUGCUGGGAUCCCUGCAGCUCCACAGGAAAGGGAAGGAUUGCUGUGGGCCUCCCAGGCUUGACAGUAAGAUGGAUGAGAGCUCAGACAUCCCCAUUCUAGAAGACACCUCCUCCCCCAUGGACUGUCAUCAACUCUGCUGGCUGGUCACCACAGACAUAGACAAUACUGAGAGGGACAUGAGAGAGAUGAAGAACCUUCUCAGUAAACUCAGGGAGGCGAUGCCUUUACCACUGAAGAACCAAGAUGACAGCAGCUUGCUGAACCUAACUCCCUACCCACUGGUCCGACAGAGGAAGAGACGGUUCUUUGGGCUCUGUUGCCUGGUAACCAGCUAAGGGGCCUGCCCUCCUGGGUUGAAGGCAGGAACGGUAAUGCUUAAGUUGAAGUGUUGUUCAUGGCACAUCCAUAAAAGUGUCCUAUGCACAUCAUAAUUCAAGUGUCAUAAGACAUGUAAAAAAAAGACACAAAAGUUAUAAAAGCUUUGUCAACUGGAAUGACAUACAGUAUUUGCAUGUCAUGACCAAUAUAUUUAUUUGCAUUAUGACAUGGUGUCAUAAGAUAUUGACAGUUAUCAUAACAGUGCCCCAUAAAGAAAAGAGCAUAGAAUUAAAUCUUUUGUCAUGUGUCAUGGACAACACUGCACGUAAAGUGCUACUGCGGCAACAAAGACACCAUUAACCACAAUCCUUCACCACUUGUGUCUCCCACCACUAUAUUACUGCCAUUUCCAAUAUCCAAUACAGUUCUCUCUUUGUUGAAAAGGCUACCCCAUUUUAGAAUUUUAUUUUGUAAUACAAAGAUAAAUUGUAAUUGCAAUGUAAUGAAACCAAUAGUCAAAACAUAUAUUUUAAAUGUAUUGCAACUGCUUUUCAUUUGGUACAGAAGUCCAACCUUUUCAUUUGGUACAGAAGUUCAACCUUUUUGUUUGGUACAGAAGUUCAACCUUUUUGUUUGGUACAGAAGUUCAACCUUUUUGUUUGGUACAGAAGUUCAACCUUUUUGUUUGGUACAGAAGUUCAACCUUUUUGUUUGGUACAGAAGUUCAACCUUUUUGUUUGGUACAGAAGUUCAACCUUUUUGUUUGGUACAGAAGUCCAACCUUUUUGUUUGGUACAGUAACGGGUGUCGUCGGAAGGAUGAGACCAAGGCGCAGCGUUCUUUGAGUUCCACAUAAUCUAUUAACGAAGUGAAACUUUAGAAAAGAAAAAACAAUAAAGAAUACAACGACCGAACAGCUUCGUUGUGCAAACUACCUGCACACAAACAAAGAACAAGAUCCUACACAGAAAGAGGGAAAAGGGCAGCCUAAGUAUGAUCCCCAAUCAGAGACAACAAUAGACAGCUGCCUCUGAUUCGGAACCACACUCGGCCAGAAACAAAGAAAUACAAAACAUAUAAAUACACCAAACCAAAAUAGAGACAUAAAAAGCUCUCUACGGUCAGGGCGUGACAGUACCCCCCCCCCCCC